UAGCUUAUCGUGCUGACAUCCCUGUCUUCGGGACUUCACUGGGCACGCACAGCUUUAUUAGGAGCCUCCUCCGCCGCGCACGCGUCCAUGUUCCCUCGACGAGGAACCCCUCCGCAACCCCUCCCAGAUGGCCUCCGAGGCGGACCUACAGAACUGGAGUAAUCAUUUCACCGUCAAUUGUUGCAGCGCCGCGGCGGCAGCGCUGCUAGUAUUUGACUACGCCCUGACGUUCGAGCAAGAGGUCGACUACAUCUGGAGCAGCUCCAACUAUGGCUACGUGCUCGUCUUCUUCGCGAACCGCCUCGCAAUGCUCGGGAUGGCGGUGGGGUCUGUCCUGAAUAUGCUGCCGUGGUACUCUACAAUGAGUUGCACGGCGGUGAACUGGUCUCUGGCAGCGUUUCAAAUCCUCGCAUUGUUCCUAUGGGCCAUUGUCUCUACACUGCGAGUGUACGCCGUCAGCAAUCGGGACUGGGGCUUUACCAUCCUCACGCUCUGCCUGGGGCUGACGCCCGUGGUCACCAACCUUUAUGCGAACAUUGCCGCGGCAUUCUUCCCCGUGUAUUCUUUUGCAUACACAUAUUGCGGGGGAAGCACCUACUAUUCCGAGGAUGUCGCCAAUAGAGCCUGCCUCAUCGCGUCCGAUUCACUGGUCCUGUUCAUCGCAUGGUACCAACUACACACCGGCUUUUACAACUCCGCCCGCCCCGGUGUACGAUCAACGCUGACUACGUUCCUGCUUCGAGACGGGACGCUCUACUUUGUGUACGUCCGAUUGUGUUUGAGUUGCACAGGGUCUGACCCUGUCUCAAGAGUGUUGCUGGUGCUCAACGUAGCUCAGGUGAUAACAGACAUUGACAUCGGAGUGUUUUUCAACCCCCUUCCAUCCUUCUCGAACCCGUACGUCGCGUCUCACCGACUAAUGCGCUGAGAUCUGAACGGUACCACAGCAUAACAUCGAUCAUCAUCUCGCGGUUCCUCCUCGCCCUUCGCCGGCUUGCUCUGCAGAC